ACAUGGCUCUGUGUAAGGCAAAUAUGCUAUUUGUGAUACUAACAAGUUACACCGUGCUGUUAAACCGAUGUGCAAAUACCAAUGAGUUGUUGAUGCAAACAGUGUCCAAAGUAUUAUCGCUGGAUAACGAAUUCGGUAAACUAGAUACCGAAUUCAGGAAGUCCCUUACCUCGCUUGAUGAAAGAAUGGACAAUCUGGAGAUUAAACUCGAGAACUCACUGACAGACUUGCAGACGCAGUUAGCGGAAGGGCUGAAACGUGUUGCAGAGACACAGAAAAACUACGAACCCAAACAAGGUGGAAUUACAAAGAACUUUCCGUCGACAAUUUCCAACACCGUGACGCAAAUGGUAAAGACCCAAAUCAUUGCAAUAAAUACUGCAAUGAAGCGGGAAAAAGUGGCUUUAUUGAGUUUGAAAACUGAAAUGAAAAAUCAUAUGAAGGAAAUAGAUGGCGAGUUUGAAAAUACACAAAGCAGUUUGGAUGAGCGUUUGGCAAAUCAAACAAAAGCACUGGACUAUAAGUUAGAAAGACAGUCAGAAAAGUACAAGUCGUCAUGUUAUUCGAUGAAGUCGGAUGUUAGCAGUCUUACGAGCCGAGUAUCCUCAAUCGAAAAAAAGCUUCCAGUGGAUGGCCAAUGGGGAAACUGGAUGGGGUGGAUGAAGUGUGACACCCGGUGUAAGACAGGACAGUGGUAUCGUACAAGGGAGUGUAACAACCCUUCCCCGCUAUACGGAGGCGCCAGUUGUUCCGGAGAAGAAAUAGAAAUGAGAGUGGAAGGACAAUGGGGAAUUUGGAUGGGAUGGACGAAUUGUGUCACUCACUGUGAGAAGGGAAAACAAUUUCGAACAAGAAAAUGUAACAAUCCCGCCCCGCGACACGGAGGCUCGAAUUGUACAGGAGAUGGAACAGAAAUCCGAGCUUUUGCUGACUGUUCGGAAAUAAGGCAGCACCUUGGCAUUGUGCCCUCUGGCGUCUAUCAUAUCACAACAUGGAAAAGAAACCAGAAUGCGAGUGUGUUCUGUGAUAUGGACACCGAUCAAGGAGGUUGGACCGUGUUUCAACAUCGUGUGGACGGAAGUGUGGAUUUCUAUCGCAACUUCUCCUCAUACGAGAAUGGGUUUGGAUCUCUGCAGGGCGAAUUCUGGUUGGGUCUGAAAAUGAUGCAUGAGAUGACAUCCCGGACAACACAUGAUUUAAGAAUUGACAUCACACACGCAGACGACAGCCCCGCCUAUGUCGUAUACGCUGGCUUCAGUGUUGGAGCCGGGUCUGAUUAUACCCUACAUAUUGGAGAUUCACGAACAGAAAUGGGACUUGCAGUGCUUCCGAGUGGGUAUCAAACGUUUAAUACUAACGCGAAAGGUUCUGCCUUUUCCACAUUUGACCAUGACAAUGACAGUUGGGGCAGAAAUUGUGCCGUUGAUCAUCACGGAGCAUGGUGGUACAAACGCUGCAUCUAUAUGGUGAACCUGAAUGGCCUGUACUACACACCCGGAAUGAAUGUCGAAAACAGAAACGCUAUGAUAUUUGACAGUAAAGAAUCUUUAAAAACUAGCAGAAUGAUGUUUAGACCUUCUGUGUAGUCAUCAUUUGACCAACACGUGCUUUUAUUUUUCUAGCUAAGUGUUUACAUUCAAUUAAGAAUUGUUGCAUACGCAUUAAAUGAUAAAGGAACAAAUUUUACAUUAAAUUUAACAAAUUAGAAUUUUUGUUCUUAAUAUUUUUUUUUUAUAAAAUGACAGAUGUUUUUUCAUAUUGCCACAUGUUUAUUUAAACGUUAAAUAUGUAAUACCAAUAAGGUUGAAUCAGUGUACUACUUUUGUGCAGUUGUCCUCUGUAUACUGACCUGAGAACUCAAUAUAUCGUGACUUGAUCAUUUUUUUACUAUUAACGAAUGUGUAUUUAUCGGAAAAAAAUAUUAGAAAUAUUUCAAAUUUAAUGCCAUGACAAAACGUACUGGUGCUCUUGCUGUCAUUGCUUCUUAAUUAAAUGCAAUAUAUUGCUUUAUUUAUUUGCGAUACAGUAGAACCCUGUUGGCUCGAACUCACACGGACCGGCGAAAUAACCUCGAGGCUCUAAAAUUCGAGCCAAGCGGGAAUGCUUACCUUCAGGAUAAAGACGUCGGUCUUUUACAUCCAAAUCAAGCUAACAAGGAAUUCGAGCCAAGCGAUCUCGAGCCAACGGGAUUUGACUGUAUAUAUGUAUAGUUUGUAUAUACUUGUCAGAUAUUAAUAUAGUUACUUUUUUCUUUUGAAUACCCAAAUGUGUAUGCAUUAGGAUGAUUGUGUUUGACCAAAGGCGUGUAUUUGCUGCUAUUGCUACCAGCCUGAAAUUGAAACUGUAAAGACAUUUGGCGAUUUAGGUAUCACAAUGCUCUUUUUGAAUAACAAUAUACAUUUUUUUCUGUACAAAAAUCAUUGGCUAGAUUUUGAACCUCUAGUCAUAAACUCCAUCCUAGAGUUGUUCGAUUUUAUAGUAUUAAUAGAGAUGAUCGCGUCUGUAUUUAUUUUUAUUGGACAAAGACAUACUUGUUAUUGAAGAUGAAUACAUAGUAUUUUUAAGUGUUCAAGACUUAAUAACAUUCGCGAAAAUUAUUUGUUUUCUUGGUAUCGUAGAAAUACUGACAUUGUUCAAAUCUAUAAUCUGAUGGCAUCGGAAAAUGUUCCCCAUAUUAAAUCCACUUCUCUUUACGGUCAUAAACUCAUGUUACAUAAAUGCAUUUUUUUAUAUUUGAUUUGCAUUUUAACAUGUAUUAUGGGCUGAAGGCCUUUUUUAGAUAAUAUUUCGUUCGUUCGUUAUAGGAGUAACUUGUGGCUGCAGAUUUAAAUAAAUUAAAAAAGUCAAUAUGUUCACAAUUGAAACCAAAUGUUCAUCAACAUGCGAUAUCUGAAAGUAAUCCCUUUCAUUUUGUAGUUUUUGACAUGUUUUUGUAUUAUGUAUUAUUUCUUAAAUUUAGGAUAUGUCAUAUGUUUGAUGAAGGCUUUUGUUCCUUUUGUAUCACCAGUGGCUGUUUUAAAAAAACAACACCUUAGUGACAUAGUGAAAAUAAAUUAAAAAGUUGAAUUUGGUAUAUCCACCCAAAACAUGUACAAACUCUUUUUUUUUUUUAAAAUCCGACUCAAGGGCAACACGAUAAUAACCAAUUGAAACAUUUUUAUGAAUGUUAAGAUUACUUAAGUGUUACUUUUGAAUGAUUAUCAAUAAAUCGCUUCUCAUCUUGAACUUGAGUAAACUUCGUUUCGUGGCGUAAUGUUAAUAAAUAUUGGCCUUUGUGCAUCUUAUUUUGCUAACAUAAUUGGACGUAGUUAUAUUGCAUCAUUAAAACGAUUAGUUUUA